GUAAUAAAUAUUUCCUUCGAAAAGUAAACAAAAUAAACAAAAAAUAAUUAAUUAUUAUUAAAUAAAUAAGAAAAAUAUUACUAAUUGAUUAAUUGUAAAUUAAAUUUAAAAAAAUUAUUAUUAAUUAAAUAGUAAAUUAUUUUAUUCUUUUGUAAUAUGGGAAAAUUAAUUAUUUCUUUUGAGAAAAAAAAGAAAUAAUCAUAAAAUAAUAAUUAUUUUUUAAUUAAGAAAAACAACACUAAUUAAAUAUGGUAGUUAUUAAUUAAAUAAAAAAAAGUUUGCCAAUUAAAUAAUUAGUAGUUUUUUUCUAUUUUUGAAAUAUGUGAAAAUUAAAUAUCCAAAAAUAUAUAAUACUAAUAUUUGAAAAAAAAAUAUACAAUAACAAAAAUAUUCAAUGAUUUAUACUUUCUUCGCAAGAUUGCAAUAAAGGCAGUGAACUUGAACAUUACUGCACGGUGCGUUUUCUCUAAUCCCUCCAAUUCCACCACUUCCUCAAUAUUUUAUGCAAAUUUCUCGCAGCUCACUUCUAAAACAUGCUCAUCAAUGCUCUCAUUAACAUACAAACUUACAUACCAAAAUACAAACAUUACAUAUGAUUCAUAUAAUAUACAAAAAUACAUACAAACAUAUGUCUAACCAUUUUCACUUCAAUUCGCUAUACUUUUCGCUAAUAAGCGUCACCGAGUCCUAAGCGUCUUUUCCUUUGAAAGUCGUUCUCUCUUAACCCUUCUGAACACCUCUAUUAACCUGUGCGCACACUAAAAAAAUUAAAAACGUGGCUAUCUGUGCUUGAAAAUACUGUUGACGUUUCUGUAUAUAGAGGAAGUGAUUUGCAUACGUCGACUGAGACACCCGCUUAUCAGCUGUUAAGCAAGAAUUAAGAAUUUAUACUAAUUAAUUUCUUAUAUAAAGAGUUUUUAUUUUAUUCUUCGUUUUUUCGUUUUAACUUUCCGGCCCCGUAAUCUAUUAACAUGCAUAGUGCGACAUAUUUAUAGUGAUGUGAUGUAUGUAUGAAUUAUUUAUUUAGCACAUAUGUAUGUACGUACAUAUAUAUAUACAUGUAUAUAAUUAUUUAUAUUUUUUUUUUACUUGAAAUCAUGAAUUACAAGUACGAUUAUAUUUGUUAGACCUGCUUGGCACUAGGGUGAACUAAUAGCCCCUUUACGGGCAUACAUACAUACAUACCUACACUCUCCAGCAUGUUCGGGGCGUCGAAAUUCGUUGCUACUUUAAAAUUAUUAUUUUUUUUUUUGCCAUUUGUUUGCCUAGGCGUCUGUCGGUAUUUACCAAUACAAUCUACUGAUCGGGGAUUUCAACCAAAAAUUGAUUGCGUUCGGGUCGUCUCACACACGCGUUUCAAUUUACGCCGCUUUUUGAAACAGUGUAUAUUUAUAUAUAUGUGCAUAUACAUAUAUAUUUAAAAAGUAAUUUAUAAAAAUAAAAAAAGUUGUAAUCCAAAUCGAAUUGAGGCAGAGCAUAUUUUUGUGCUUCGUGCAUUUCUUUCGACGGCCUCUGGGCAGUAUAAAAUUGUGUGUAUGGACAGACAGAAAGCAUUCUAUGGUGUGCAAUCAAUCCGUAGUGCUGGUUCUACUCUCGAGUAUUGCUUAAACAAACGCAAGUUGAUAAGCAAAUUUAACGAAAGUGAAGUUCUAAAAAUAAAAAAUAUCAAAGAAGAAAAUAAUUUUAAUAAAUAAUUGUAAUAAAAAAAUUUUAAAAUAAAACAUUUUGUACUAUAUAAAUAACUUAAAGAAAUUUUAAAAUUUAAUAAAAAGAAUUUAAAUUUAAUAUUUUAUCAAAAUAAAAAAUUUAACAAAAACCGCAGUUUUUUUGUUAAAAUAAUAAUAUAAAUAAAAUAAAAGUGUUCUAAAAAUAAUAAAAAAAAAAUAAGUGUGGUGUAGUAGUAGACAAAUUCAGUACAUUUUUUAUAAAAACUAAAACUUUAUUAAAAAAAACUUAUGUGUAAAAAUAUUAAAAAAAUAAAUCAAAGAACAAACAACACUUCAACAAUACGCCAUAUUGGACAUCUUAGCAGCAAACUGAACUUUAAAAACGAAGUAAGACAUAAUUUAACACAUAAAAGUUUAACAAAUGCUCCCACAAAGGAUAUUUUAACUGCAUUUAUUUCAUAAAUCUUAAAAAUAAAUUUAAAGAUCAAAGUUUUACUUCAAUAAUUUAUGCUGCUUGAGAGAUACAUAACUUCAUUGCUUGGUAAAGAGUGAAAAUUUGAAGCUGCACAAUGUUUAUAACUCUCUCACGCGCGUUUUUAUUACUCGCCCUUGGCAUAUUGGCCAUUUCAACAGCUGUGCUGGUGAAAAUCUUUCAGCCAUAUGACUUGAUCUUCAAAUGGAAACUGACCAUGGAGGAAGAUGGCGAAAUUUUUAAUUUGUGGGCCAAACCACCAGUAGAUCUUUACAUAAAGAUUUAUCUCUUCAAUAUAACGAAUGCAGAGGCUUUUCUGGCAGGACGCGAAAAAAUGAAUGUGCAGCAAGUUGGACCAUAUGUUUACAAAGAAAUCAUGACGCAUGAAAAUAUCACCUUCAAUGCCAACAACACAAUGUCUACAAAACCCAGUCAUCCAUUGGUGUGGCAGGAACACUUGUCUGAGGGGCAUAAAGAAGACGAUCAGGUGGUCAUGUUGAAUAUUGCAAUGCUGGCAAUUUCUCAUUUAACCGCUGACAAGCCAAUAUUCCUUCGCAUGGGCUUACGCACACUAUUGGCAACAUCCAAAUCACAACCAAUUGUGCGUAUGACAGCUAAGGAAUUUAUGUUUGGUUAUCAGUCAUCACUGACUACAUUGGGCAACACGUUCUUCUCGAAUUGGAUAUCUUUCGAAAAAGUUGGACUUAUUGAUCGGAUGUACGAUUUUAGCACAGACUACGAGACUUUCUACACGGGCGCAACGAAUCCCGGCAUAUCUGGACUGUAUGCCACAUACCGCGGUAAAACCAACUUGCCACAAUGGGAUGGUGAGCACUGUAGCAAUAUUGAACUUGCCUCGGAUGGCACCAAAUUCAAGAGUUUCAUACAACCCAAUGAGACGAUCAAAUUCUUUAGAAAGAGCAUGUGUCGGCCCAUUAAUUUGUAUCGCUCUGGUGAACCAGAAAAGUAUGGCAGCCUCACCGGUUACAAAUACGUCUUCGAAGAGAAUGCAUUCGACAAUGGUGUCAACAAUGAGGCGAACAAGUGUUUCUGCAGAAAGGGAAAAUGUCAACCUCAAGGUUUAAUCGAUGUGACCGAUUGCUAUUAUGGUUUCCCCAUCUCUCUAAGUUACCCACAUUUCAUGAAUGGUGAUGCCGGUCUACUAAACAACAUCACUGGCAUGGAACCAGAUGAGAAGAAAUUCUCCUCCGCAUUCGUUGUACAACCGGAAUCCGGCUUGCCACUCUCCAUCUCCGCCAAAGUGCAAAUCAACAUGCAUUUCGAUGAUUUGAGCGCCUUCAGACCAGUCAGCCGCUUCAGUCACUUGACCGUGCCAAUGCUGUGGUUCGAUAUCAUGAUGCCCGAGCUGCCUGAAGCACUGGACACACGCUUCAAUUUCUACCUCAAUAUACUGCCCUACCUCGAUAUACUCGGCUACUGGGGAAGCCUCCUGCUUGGCAUUGCACUGCUAUUGUAUGCCGUUACACGCGCCACGCUACGUAUGUCGAAUUUGACGCAAAUUAAUAAUAUUUCCGAUGGUAAAUACAGCAAAGUGAAUAUUCUGCGCGGUGUCACCAACACUGUGCACUGCAAUGAUGUCUACAAGCCAUGUGAAAUGAAGCUGCUACAUCAGCAUGAAAAGCAUCAGCAAACGCUUGAGGAUAAUGAUAAUAUAAUUAAACGUCAUAACGAUAUGGAUAUGGCAGCGGGUGUAGAUUUGUUAUAUAAAGAAAUGGCAACGGCACAGCAGCGCCAGGGUUCGUUUGCCUUAGAAAUGGAGCCAGCGUUAUCGGGUUCGGAGAGUGGUGAUGAUGAUGUAGAAAGCAAUUCAUCAGCAUCGUCAUCAUUAUGCAGUCAUAACUCGUCCACAUGUUCUUGUUUAACGGAACAAAGUCGUAAUGGUGAAAUGGACAGGGAGACGACAGCAAAUGAGACUUCAAUUAAUGUCGAUAUUAUUGAAAGUAAUCAAACACAAGCGAAUACUGCUCUUAGUAUAGAUGCUAAUCAAGCAGCUCAACAGACGACAACUAACAAUAGCAGAGCCAACAGUAUAGAACAACAACUUAACAACAAUAGCCGGCUUGCUCGUCAUAAUGUCGAAACGGCACAUAAAUAUACAGUUUAACUGUAUACUACACUCAGUUUGAAUAAUUUCAACGCGUAUUAAACAUAAACUAAAUACUUUAAAAAACAUCGCACACAUCGGGUUUAACGGUUAUGUUCAUUAUUUUUUAGUGUACCUUGUAUAUUAUCAUUACUACAUAACUGUAUAUGUAUAUAGUAGUUUAUUAGUUUUUUCUAGGCGCAUUAAGGCUCUUUUUUUACAUGUUAAAGUAUUGCCUUUUUCCAUAACGCCUCAUAGUCUUAGUUAGUAUGUUUGUAUUU